AUGCAUAUCUACCGCCGUCAGGCCCGUAACCUCGCCUGGUACGACCAAGAUGGCGAGCCAUCCUCGGCCAACCCCUUUAAGAAAUUCCGCCGACGCCCUCGCCGCACCACUUCCAUCCAACUAGAAGACCAAACUCUCCACUCCCGGAGCAUGGGCGACCUGAGCCUCCCCCAGGACCAACGGCGUCGUGCCGAGUUCAAUAGCGACCUCGAAGGCCCCGCCUACGCAGGAACAUUCCCACCCGAAUCGGCCGGUAGCUACGGCCCCGCAGGAUCCAAUCUCAGCCAGGAACCUAUCAAUGACACGGCAGACAUGUCCACGGCGCGGGGAUUAGACCUCGAAGCCGAGAUUGAAGGAAAUGGCAAUGCGAACGCCAACGGUACUCAGGCGCGCCAGCGCAAGGGUUUCUUUGGCAAGUUUGGCGGCCAUAAGGAGGACGUGCCUUUGCCUGAACCGGAUGACGAGAAGCCCGCCCAGGCCAACAACUUCACUGUGGCAAGCCAGAUCCGCGCGACAGUGUUCAAUUCUUGGAUCAACGUGCUUAUUCUCGCCGCGCCUGUGGGUAUCGCAUUGCACGUGGUCAAGGCGAACUCGAUCGCUAUCUUCGUGGUCAACUUUAUCGCGAUUAUCCCGCUCGCUGCGAUGCUGAGUUAUGCGACGGAGGAAAUUGCUAUGCGCACUGGUGAAACCAUUGGUGGAUUGUUGAAUGCCUCGUUCGGUAAUGCGGUCGAGUUGAUUAUUUCUAUCAUUGCGCUGGUUAAGAAGGAGGUUCUUAUCGUGCAGACCUCGCUGAUUGGUAGUAUGCUUUCCAAUCUGUUGCUGGUCAUGGGCAUGUGUUUCUUCUUCGGUGGUGUAAACCGCGUUGAGCAGCAUUUCAAUGUCGUCGUCGCGCAGACUGCGGCUAGUCUGCUCGCGCUGGCUGUGGCUAGUUUGAUUAUCCCUACUGCCUUCCACACGUGGUCUGAUGGGAAUAAGGAGAACACUGCUCCUCUUUCGCGGGGUACCUCCGUUCUCCUCCUCAUCGUCUACGGCUGCUACCUCUUCUUCCAACUCAAAUCCCAUGUGGACAUGUACAACGAGCCCUCCAAAAAAGUCGAAAAGCGCUCCAAAAAGAGCGGCGAAGCUAACCGCGGCAUCGCGCAAAUCGGCAAAAUGACCGCCCAGACCAUGGGCGGCUCCAACGCCCAAGAAGUCAACAUGCAAGAUGACGAAGGCGAGGAGCCCGAGCAGCCGCAACUGUCUAUGCCCGUCGCCUUGCUGACGCUCGGCAUUUCGACUGCCCUUGUCGCUGUUUGCGCUGAGUUCAUGGUUGAUUCUAUUGAUGCGUUGACUGCGACGGGUAAUAUUAGUGAGACCUUUGUUGGGUUGAUCCUUUUGCCUAUCGUUGGUAAUGCGGCGGAGCAUGCUACUGCCGUUACGGUUGCCUGUAAGGAUAAGAUGGAUCUGGCGAUUGGCGUGGCUGUUGGAUCGAGCAUGCAGAUUGCUUUGUUGGUUUUGCCGUUUAUUGUUGUCUUGGGUUGGAUCAUGGGUAUUGAUGAUAUGACUCUCAACUUUGACAGUUUCGAGGUUAUCUUGCUCUUUGUGGCUGUUCUUUUGGUCAACUACCUAAUUGGAGACGGCAAAUCUCACUGGCUUGAAGGCGUCUUGCUCAUGAUGAUGUAUCUGAUUAUCGCUAUCGCUGCUUGGUUCUUCUAA